AACAAUUUAGUUUUUAAUAUAACUUUUCCGCUAUUUGAGAAGAGAUGUUAAGUGCAUUUUUUUCGCAUAUCACUUUUUGUUAUAUGUGAUUGUACUCUCCUCCUCGAACAGCGGCGGGGCGUGGAACUUCGAACUUCAUUCUGAACGUUUAAAUGCUUGCCUUUAUUGUACUGAGUUUAUUUUCAAGCAGUUGAAAGCCUAAGAUGACUACCUACACAGACAGAGGUGAACAUCAUGACCAUGGCAAGUUCAUCUGUUUCGACCACAUCACAUUCUGGGUUGGAAAUGCCAAACAGGCAGCAUCUUACUAUUGUAACAAGCUUGGAUUUGAACCGUUGGCCUAUCGGGGUUUAGAGACAGGCUGCCGUGAUGUGGUGUCCCAUGUGGUCAAACAAGACAAGAUUAUUUAUGUAUUCGCAUCCGCCCUCAAUCCUGGAAACAAAGAAAUGGGGGAGCAUUUGGUCAAACAUGGGGAUGGAGCCAAGGACAUUGCAUUCACUGUGGAGAACUGUGAUUACCUUGUGCAGAAAGCCAGAGAGCGUGGUGCCAUCAUAGUGAAAGAGCCGUAUGUACUGGAGGACAAAUAUGGCAGGGUAAAACUAGCUGUUCUCCAGACGUAUGGGGACACCACACACACAUUUGUGGAGAGGACUGCCUACAAUGGGCUGUUCCUCCCAGGGUUCCAUACUCCUCUCCACCGGGACCCCUUGUUGGCCAAGCUACCCAGUGGAUUACUGAACUUCAUUGACCAUGUUGUGGGGAACCAGCCGGAUGAUGAGAUGGUGCCUGUAGUGGAUUGGUACCAGAAAAACCUGCUCUUCCACCGGUUCUGGUCAGUAGACGACAAGCAGCUGCAGACAGACUUCAGUGCACUGCGCUCCAUUGUUGUGGCCAAUUAUGAAGAGACAGUGAAGAUGCCCAUUAAUGAGCCAGCCAUGGGUAAACGCAAGUCCCAGAUCCAGCAGGAGUAUGUGGAGUACUAUGGUGGCCCAGGUGUCCAGCACAUCGCCAUGAACACAUCAGACAUCAUCACCGCAAUCCGUAACCUGAAGGAACGUGGCAUGGAGUUCAUGUGUGUGCCUGACACCUACUACCAGCUGCUGAGAAAGAAUCUCCAACAAUCGCAAGUCAGGAUCACUGAGGACCUGGACAUUCUGGAGGAGCUGAAGAUCUUAGUGGAUUUUGAUGACAAUGGCUACCUGCUCCAGAUCUUCACCAAGCCUGUUCAGGACCGUCCCACAGUGUUCCUGGAGGUCAUUCAGAGACACAACCAUCAGGGCUUUGGUGCAGGCAACUUCAAGGCUCUUUUCGAGGCCAUCGAGGCAGACCAGAACGCUAGAGGGAACUUGACUAUCCUGACCCCUAAUGGCGUGUCUAACCAAAUUUGAAGUACCUCUCUGAUUUACACGAUUGAUAUAAUGUCCAUCAUCUCUGAAGCUUACAUUUCAUUUAGAAAUAUUGAAAAUAAUUUGUUCAACAAUUUAUAUCUGAGGUGAACCAGGAUCUAGUUGAAUGACUUUGAUGGAUAAAUUGCUGCUCUAUGCACACACUAUUCAAAUUUAAAUUAUGAUUGACAUGCCUUCUGGAAUCAAACGUAGGAAUGAUUGUUAAUUAUUCAAAUAAUAUAGUGACGCUAAAAUAACAUAAAAAAUAUAUUUUACUUGAUGCCAAUUUUAAAUACAGUGAUUUCAGAAAGUAUUCAUACCCCUUGACUUAUUCCACAUUUUGUUGUGUUACAACCUGAAUUCAAAAUGGAUUU